AUGCUGUUUCCUGCUGCCCUGGUCUUUUUGGAGCCUCAGCCAGACGCGGGGAGCCGAGCCAGCAGGACCGAGCGCCGAGUGCCCCUCUCGCUCCUGCGGAGCCCCUGCUGGGACCCUCUGUGCGACUGGUACCCGGCGCACAGCCCCCUCUUGGACUGGGCCUUCGGGCUGGCCCAGCUGCCCCAGGAGCCCGCACAGUGUUGGUUGGGCCACAGCCGCUGGCAGGGCUAUCUGCGCCGGCUGCCUGGGGCGGCGCUGGAGGGCCCUGCCCCGCUGCAGCCCUGGGCUCUGCCUGCAGCUCCGAAGCGCGGCUCGGAGAUUUCGCAGACGGUCAACCGCUGGCGUGUCCCUGGACGUCCACCGCUUCGCGCCCAGGAGUUGACAGUCAAAACCAACGACUGCGUGGUGGCGAUCACCGGCAAGUACGGAGAGAGGCAGAAGGAGCAUGGCUACGUCUCGCGGUGCCUCUGUAGAAAAUACACAUUGCUCCCUACGGUGGACCCUACCCUGGUCUCCCCCUCUCCAUUCCCUGAGGGCAGGCUCACGCUAAAGGUGCCAAUUCCAAGGCCAGCCACCCAGUCAUCAGAAGUCACUUUCCCUGGAUACCUGGAUGCCUCAGUGGAGCAUGGGGGCCCAGAAGCUGGGACAUCAGAGCAGCCUGGAGCCAAGGAAUGGGCUUAG